UCAUUCGUUGAGUGGCACUGCUCCCAGCGAGACGCUCCAGAGCGUCUAUAAAUACGCCACAGAGCUAACGAGGCGGAAAGAUCGCGCGCCGCGAGUUAUAAAACAGCGAUUAGAAGGAGAAGUGCGUCCACCACGUGGCUGGAGGUCAAUUGAUUGUACGGAUAUACAUACAUACAUUUUAUCACACACAUUAUGACCAGCCAGAAGGAGGGAAAUGGAUACAGGCGGAGCGAUUCCAAGACUACUGGACAUGCGGACGCGGAGGCGGCGACGCAGACGGCUGGUGGGGAUGAGGACAACUCUCUGGAUGCGAUUCUAGUCCGAAUCGGGCAGUUCGGGCGCUAUCAGAUCAUCAACUAUGUGCUGCUAUGCGUUCCCAUGCUCUUCAACGCCUUCUUCUCCAUCUCCUAUGUUUUCACGGCGAGCACCGUUGUGCACAGGUGCACUGUUCCGCAGUGCGAUAGUCCCAGCAGCGUCUAUGAGGAGGACUGGCUGGGCUUCACCAUCCCCAAGAAGAACUCCGCCUGGGAUGACUGUCAUCGAUACGCCGCCAACAUAUCAGACGCUAUCUCGGGAUACACCGAUCCAUCUGGACAAUACUGCCUCAAAGAGUACUUCACUAUUACGUCGGAGACCUGUGGACGCGACUUCAAGUUCAGGGACGAGGAAAAGACCAUAUCAACGGAGUUUGGAAUAUACUGUGAGGACGAGUGGAAGCUUUCCAUGGUGGGCACUAUAAACAAUGUGGGCCAAUUCGUGGGCAUACCCCUAGGAGGAUACUUUGCGGAUCGAUACGGACGACGUACCAUGCUAGCUGUAGCCGGAUCCGUGAGUGCUCUAAUGGGCGUGAUCCGUUCGCUGUCGAGCAACUACUCCAUGUUCCUGGUGUUCGAGUUCCUGGACAUGGCCGUGGGUAGCACCCUCUUCCCCACCGCCUUUCUGUUGGCAAUCGAGCUGGUUGGCCCGAAGAGGCGAGUGGCUGCGGCCACAAUCAUCACUAUCUUUUACGCGCUGGGCGAGGCCUUCCUCGGAUUCCUGGCUUCCCAAGUGCAGCACUGGCGCUGGCUGCUCCGGGUGCUGUACGCUCCCGCUGUGCUGCAGAUUCUUUUUUUGUGGAUCUUGCCGGAGAGCGUCCGUUGGCUGCUGAGUCAGGGUGCCGAGGAGAAGGCGUCCAAUGUGCUGCGACGGGCAGCGCGGAUCAACCAGCGCCCGCUGCCGGAGGAGCAGUUGAACGAUCUCUUGACCAGCAAUCGACAGAAGCUCAGCCAGGCCAACGAGAGCCAGUAUCCAAUAAUGCGAGCCGUAGUAUUCUUCUCGCUGCGGAUAGCAAACUGUUGCCUUUGCUGGUUCACGCACACGCUGAUCGCCCUGGGUCUUAGCCUGAACUCGGUUAACCUGGGUGGAAACAAGUACACCAACUUCAUGCUGAACGGUUUUAUCCAGAUCCCUGGUCUGCUGCUCCCCCUAGUCAUCAUGGACCGCGUUGGCAGAAGGCAUUCCCUCUGCGCCUCAAUGCUGCUCUGUGCCAUUUGCAUGGGCGCCUCUGCCGCAGUGCCAGCAGAUAACUACGCGGGCUCUCUGGCCCUGUUCCUAAUUGGAAAGCUGGCCAUCACCUGCAGUUUCCAGAUCUUAUAUUUCUUCACCUCUGAGAUCUUUCCCACAAACGUGCGAAACACCCUGUUGUCGCUCUGUUCCAUGGUGGGACGGAUAGGAUCCAUGCUGGCCCCACAAACCCCUCUACUGGCCAAGUAUUACAUUUACGCCCCGCAGAUCCUGUUCGCUACCUUCGCCCUGAUCAGUGGCUUCCUGACCCUGGCCUUUCCCGAGACGGCGGACAAGGUGCUUCCAACGACCAUUGAGGAGGCACGCGAUUUGAAUCAGGCCAAGCGGCGGAGUGAGAGGUCGCCGUAAUAUCCGUGAUAUUUUUUAGCAGCAUUUAGCACACUUUUUAAAGUCUUAGAAGCCACGUUUUAGUUUUGUUAGUUUGUUUGUUUGUUUUAUUAUGUGCGUACUAUUUAUUCCAAAACAAUAUCUGUAGUCUCCUCCUUCCACAAGUUGUACUUAUCUAUGUAUGUAGGUUUAAAUUUAUUGCGCAUGCAUAAGUAUAUCUGUCGAUCAAUGCCAUUAUUUAUUAACGAGUAAGUAAUAAAAUUUAAUUCAACUCGG